GUCGGAAACACUGCUUUUCUAAAAUGCCGUCCUAAGUCCUAACACGAGUCUUGACUUAUAAAUUAUUUUUUCUUGAGCACUCUGAGUGAAUAAUAUAUGAUAUAGGUGGGUAGCUAUUUCCUAUUGGCUACUAAUUAUUAUAUUGUUUAAAAUCGUUUUUAUUAUCAUCAGUUUUAGACAUUAACAUUUUAAAUCAAUGUUAUUAUUUACAAAUAAUAGCAUUGUAAAGUAAGUUUAUUGUUUGAACUUUUUAAGUUGACAUUUUGAUUUCGUACUCCUGAAAAUACAAGAAAUUUAGAAGUAUAGAAUAUCAGUAACUACAAUAUUCAACAUGAAUUCCACUCUGUCUCUCAAGUGUUUACCAUAUAUUAACGGUUCAAAACGUAAUGCUAUUCGUGGUGUUUAUUGUCUAACUCAACGUUUUAAAUCAGAUGAUGAUAAUAGUUCAAAAAAAAACCAAUUAGCUGUUGACAAACUAAAUGAUCUACUGAAAACCAUGAAGAAAGGGAAUGACACCGAAAUGCCUCCUCAACAAUCUAAACCUAUUGAAUUGGCGAAACCUAGACAAUUGGCCAGAAAAGCGGAACAAAAAAAACAAGAAACUGAUGAUUCUAAACAAAAUAAGCCAUUGGGUGAAAAAUUAUCUGAUGCAGCCACCAAAGUUGCCCAAUCAAUUGGAGGUGAUACCAAUAAAACUAAAUCAGAUUUAUUGAAUUUGCUGAGAAUUUACAACAAUGAACCUGAUAACUCUUCUGAAAAAAAGGUGAAAUCUUCGGUUCAGUUAGAUGAUUUACUAUCUGGAAUGAAAAUUGAUCGUACCCAAUCUAAAAAGUCUCCAGAGUUUAGUGAUGUCGAUAGAGCUCAACGAGUAAGAGAAUUGUUAGGCCACAGUUCAGGUGAUCAUCAAAGAACUAAAAAAUACAGAAAGCCAAUGGAUAAUUAUAUGCCUAUUAAUUUAUUUAGCAGUGAACCUCUUGGUAUAUUUAAAAACAUUGACACGAACAAAGAUAUUCCAACAUUGCCUACUUGGGAUCGAUUGCAUGAAAAGAGUUUACAAACAGCAGUAACACAUCCACCGAAAAAUAUUUAUGAACAAAUGAUUAUUUGGACGGAACAAGGAAAAUUGUGGGAAUUUCCUAUUAAUAACGAACAAGGUAUGGACGAUGAAAGCAAUGUGUUUUUUGCGGAACAUGUGUUCUUAGAACCACUAAUUGAUGAAUGGUGCCCGAAGAAAGGACCAAUCAGACAUUUUAUGGAAUUAGUAUGUGUUGGAUUGUCAAAAAAUCCAUUCCUAUCUGUUGAAGAAAAAAAAGAUCACAUAAAUUGGUUCAGGCAGUAUUUCUAUGAGAAAAAUCAACUUUUGAGUGAAGUUGGUGCAUUCGAAAUUAAGUCAUUACCAGAAAAUGUUAAGGAAUAUUAUAAACCUUCAAUUCCAGAUGAAUAAAAUAAAUAAAUAAAUAUUUGUAGUGUAGAGCAUUUAAAUAGUUAAUAAACUAUUUUA